AUGAUAAAAGAGUUGUCACACCUCCAAAGUAUUUUAGAUCAAAUACCAUCGCAAUCAUUGCAAAAAACUACUUUGAAAUACAUAAGAACUGUUCCUGACGCAUGUGCUCCAUUAAAAGCAACAUCGAAAGCAGCUGGUUUUGAUUUAAGUAGUAUUUCAAGUUGUACAGUACCAGCAAGAGGUAAACUGUUAAUAGAUACAGGCCUUAAAAUUCAGUUACCAGACGGGUGUUAUGGAAGAAUAGCACCUAGAUCAGGAUUGGCAGUAAAAAAAUUUAUAGAUGUUGGAGCUGGAGUCAUCGAUCAAGAUUAUACCGGUGUGAUUAAAGUGGUUUUAUUUAAUCACUCUGAUGAGGAUUUUCUUGUGAAGAAGGGUGAUCGCAUAGCUCAACUUAUUUGUGAAAAAAUAUUUUACCCGGAAUUAGAAGAAGUAGAUGUGUUAGAAAAGAAAACAGAAAGAGGAGAUGGCGGAUUCGGAUCAACGGCCUAAAUUGUUGCAAGAAAAUAAAAUUAGUAGUACCACUGGUACAGAUCCGCCAGCUGUGAAUGGACCAAAUUUGUAUAAGUGUACUAGAUGCCCUAGACGUUUUCAAAGUUUCACACCAACAAAUUUAUGUAGAAAUUGUAUGACGCCAGAACAAUUACAGAGAUUUUAUAGACAACAAUUACAAGGAUUCAGAAGCGUAUAUCGAUAAAUUAUAUUUUUUAUAUAGAGACUAAUAGAAAUAAUAAUGUUUUUUUUUCUACCACUUCACUUAAUUCACCAUCAUCAUCAUCAUUACCUCCACCGCUACAAAAAAUUAAGGGGGGCACUAAUUACUGUGCAAUGUGUAAAAUUAUGUUUUGUUUUUGUACAGCAUCGGUCAACUUUCAUACACGAUUGUACA